AUGGUUAAAGACAAGUUCCUGGGUCCUGAUGAGUUUUCAAUGGGCUUUUUUCAAGCAUGCUGGGCUAUAUUAAAGGAUGAUCUCAUGAAGGUAUUCCAGGAAUUUUAUUCAGCUGAAAAAUUUGAGAAAAGCCGAAAUGCCACGUUCCUUGCAUUGAAACAGAAAAAGGUAGGGGCUGCAGAGAUUAAGGAAUUCCGAUCCAUUAGCCUAGUAAAUGGGGUAUACAAGAUUAUUUCCAAGGAUUUUUUGUGGGGUGGAAUAGUUGAGGAAUUCAAAUUCUACAUAGUCAAGCGGGAGAAGGAGCGUAAUGAACAAAUGUUCAAGGACAAAGUGAGAUCAAUGGAGGAACUAAAAGCUUUCUUUUCUGAAACUCUUUGUACUUGGGCCAUUGCUGUUGACUUUAAUGGCUUAGAUUUACAUGAUUUCCUUCUAUCUAUCGCUCCUAUGUAG